AAACAUUUUGUAAAUUAACUCACAAUAAGUGCAAGGCUUCUUUACAGUCUGAUUUUAUUAAAAUUAAUGCAAAAAAUAAUAGGUACCUAAUUACUAAUAACCUGCAUUAUCUCAAUAAUAUGGAUGCAUAGCGGAUAUGUGGCAUUGUCGUUAGCGAUUAAUGUGAAUAUAAAUUGAUUAAUUAUUAGUUCAACAUUAAAUGUGAUUACGCUAACACGUUAGCGAAAAUAAAAAUGUUAAAAAAUCCUGUGAUUUUCGUGCUGAUUAUAGUUUCUGCAUUAGUGGAUGUUGAGUGUCAAGUUUGUUUCAAAGCAGUAAGGGGAUAUGUUGCGAGAAGGAGGUUUAUUAUAACUAGAAUCUGCUGCGAAGGAUACGCCUUAGAACCUGGCAAUAAGGAAGUCAGUGUGGAUACUUGCAAACCGAUUUGCACAACAAACUGCACGAAUGGCUACUGUAAGCGCCCUGAAGAGUGCGCAUGUAACGCUGGGUACACACUGCGCAAUGACACCUGCGCGCCGCACUGUGAAGACUGUUCGCACGGCGCCUGCGUCGCUCCGGACACCUGCUGGUGCGACCCCGGGUACGAUCUCGUGGCCGGCACGUGUCAGCCCGUAUGCACCACUCCUUGUGUCCACGGCACCUGUGUAGCCCCAGACACGUGCCAAUGUCUUCCCGGGUACAGAAAAAGUGAUUUAAAGGGGAGUGAUUGUGAACCAAUAUGUUCCAGCGGUUGCAUUUAUGGUGAUUGCAAGGCUCCGGAAACAUGCGUCUGUCACUCGGGCUGGCAGAAUAGUAAUGGCACUUGCUCACCAGUAUGUAACAUUUCAUGUGGUAAUGGAACUUGUAUUUUCCCAAAUAUAUGCGCGUGUUUUUUGGGAUACAGAAAUACUAUGUUAAGACGCCGAGGUGUAGAUGACGCGCCAGUGUGUAAACCUGUUUGCAAAAAUUGCAAUGGCGUCUGUAUUGCCCCUAAUCAAUGUAAAGAGGAAACUCAAACAAUGAUUGCACUCGCAACGACAAGCACAAACAGCCCUAACAAUAACCUGGCAGACGGUAUUCUAAUGACUAAGUCAUAUUCUACAUUUUACUGGAGUUCUACGGAAAACUUAGAUCAUAUCGAAAACUCUACUCUCACAUUGGACAGGGAAAACUCAACUGUCACAUUGGAAAAACUUACGGAAUAUUCAUGGAUGCAAGAACAUCAAAUUAUUCUGAUAUCACUUGUGGUAAUCGUUACUACUGGGAUAAUAGUGUUCAUUGUUUGGCAACGACUACCUAUGAAGAUCAUAUAUUUCUUCAAGGGCAAGAGCUAUAACAUUAAAGGUGCUGGUCUAAGAAGAAAUAUUAGCAACUCAUUUGUAAACAUACAGUUCUUAUCACAACUUGAAUCACGGAGUUGAAUCUUUAUUGUUAAUUUCAGAUACAUUUUUAAACUAUUAUAAGGUAGUUGUUUUAUGCCAUGUUUUACGUCAUGUAAUGUUCUAAUCUUUAUCCUAUUUACUAAGAAAAAAUAAAUGAUAUUAAUGCAGGUAUUUAAAAACACUAUUUAGUUUUAAACUGAUUACGUAUAGAGCGUGGCUCGUUGUUUUACUAGGUGGAUCGUGAAACUGAAUAAUUUAUUAUUAUGGCCUACUUAGGAUCGAAUUGCUACGCAAUCUGAACAGAAAGGUUUUCUGUGUCUUAUUGCAUAUAAUUACGGUAAUGGUUUCUUUGAAUCGCAUGAUUAAAUCGGACGAGUUUCAAGGAGAGAAAAUAAUUUUGUAUAAUAAAAUGAUAAUCACAAUGAUGUGUUAGUUUUUUGUACACUGAAAGUAGGUACUUUCAAAUUGUUAGUCUUUUAGUAAAAAAUACUUUGAUUAAAUGCAACCCUUGCCUAA